CCCACGCCCUCCAAAUCUUGCCUGAUACCUCGCAUCCGACAGGCACUACUCUUUUUUUCUGCUGCUUGCAAUCAUGGCUGACACUGGAUCGUUUAUUCAUCUGGCACGGCCCUUGGGUCCGGCCACCGUCGGAGUUGCUCCCAGCACUGCCCCUCUCAACGUUGUUAUACAACCACAGGCAAUUUUCUCUAUCCUCGAUCAUUCUUUGCGCCGAAAUGCUGACCAAGAACGCGUCAUUGGCACCCUUCUCGGUACCCGGUCGGAAGAUGGCACCGAAGUUGAAAUCCGCACUUGCUUUGCUGUCGGUCACACGGAGACUACCGAUCAAGUCGAGGUGGACAUGGAAUAUCAAAAACAAAUGCUUGCGCUGCACUUAAAGGCCAAUCCUAAGGAAGUUCUCGUUGGUUGGUACGCCACUUCGUCGGAACUGAACACUUUUUCUGCCCUUAUUCAGAAUUUUUAUGGAGGUCAGGGAGAUGGGACAUGGCCUCAUCCUGCUGUGCACUUGACUGUUUCUACCGAACCCGGAAAGGAUAUUGAAACUCGGACGUAUAUCUCUGCGCCAGUGGGCGUUACUGCUGAGAGAGCAGCUGACAGUGCUGCGUUCAUUCCUGUUCCAUAUGAGAUCCGCUACAGUGAGGCGGAAAGAAAUGGUUUGGAGGCUAUUGCGCAGGCAAGAGAUGCAGAAGACCGGGCAUCCAGUUUAUUUACCGAUAUUGAGACCCUCGAGAAGUCGAUUGAAGAAGUCCUCGGCAUGAUCGAUAGGGUAUCGAAAUAUGUCGAGUCGGUUAUUGAUGAAGAAGCACCCGCUUCAACGGCUCUUGGCCAGUUUUUGCUCAACGCGCUUGCUCUGGCACCAAAGGUUGAUCCGGCCGAUAUUGAAAGUGACUUCAACAAACACAUCCAAGACGUCCUCGUCGUUUCGUAUCUCGCAAAUACUAUCCGUACCCAAAUGGAACUCUCCAACCGGCUGGCUACCGCCCAGCUCACCCUUGGAGGUGGCGACAGCACGGCCAUUGGUGGUACAGGUGCUGAAAGCGGAGGUCAGCGUGGUGGCCAGCGCAACAACCGCCAACGAGGCGGCCAGCAACGGAAUCAAGCUGAGGAAUUGCGAGCGUAAUCCACCUGACCGUCAAUCUCUCUUAACGAACGACCUUUAAACCACUCAAUCUCACCCUUCCUAUCCUCACCUGCCCUCUUGGCCAUGAAUUAAUUACAUACGGAGGCCCUGGACUGCUAGACACGAUGUUUCCUCGGGAGCUAGCGGUUUCUCCAUACUCUUGGGAACUUCGAUGGAUCGCAGUUAUUUAUUCUAACCUAUUCGGCUGUGGCUGUGGCUAAAAGCAAGGCGUCUUCGGAGUUGCUGUGCCAUGUUUCUGGUUUGUUGGUUUAUGCCACCCGAUGCCCAUGGGAAUCUUUUGAUAUUCUUUGCUUGAGGAGGAUCGCGAACAGAUUUUGAAUUUCUCUGCAUGAUGGAUCAUGAAAUAUGAGGCAUGCAUGUAUAGACCAAAUGAAUCAUUUGCAAUUCAAUUUUAGUCACAAUCCCUACUUGAAUUGCUCCCGGAGGGACGCACGCAG